AUGGAUCCUGACACCUCUGCCGCCUCCCCACCAGCCAAACACCCGCCUGUCAGCUCGUUGACUCGUCUCUUGAACGAGAGCAGUCUGGCGGUCACCAGUCCAGCGUUGUCCAAGAACCACCUGACGGUGUCGCUCGACAAGGCCGCCAGCACUGGCACCAUCACGCCUUCCAAUUUCGAAGACGCCUCGCUGGGUCUUCCUGGCGGUGGCAACGACAACAAUAACGAUGACGCCACUGGUCCGUUGAAGAUCGUCACUGACAAGCUCAACGGAACCCACAUCGUCAGUGGAUUCGACCCGUCGCUCGAUCCGUCCCCCACCUCGGGUGGAAUGGCGCCAUUCACCCCAGUUUCGCCCAAAACUGGCACCAGAACCUACACCAACUCCAUCACCAGCGCCAAUUCAGCCAUCCACUCCAGCAGAGGCAUCCCCAUCCGUCCUCCUGCGCUCUCGACUGCCAGUCCCCGUGUCAUCCGCAACAAUUCGGUGUCCCACUCGUCGUUUUUGGCCAACCAGGGCGAGAGCUUGUCGUCGUCGAUCCCCUACAGUGCACCAGGCGGAAGAGGACGGUCGUCGUCGGUAUCGUCCGCCACCAACUCGAGCGCUUUCCUUGCCAACGGCUCGGUAGAAUCGACUUCGCACAUCCCCAACCUCCCCAAUGGCCAGCCGAUCCAGUCCAUCCACAUCCAGUCGCCUCAGGUGAGCUCGUCUGCCAUCGAGCCCAGAUUUGUCAUCUCCAAGCAGAGAGUGGCUCAGGCCCAGGCUGCACAGGCCCAGGCUGCACAGGCGUCGCUCAGCUCGUCCCAGAGAUCUGGCUCACAGUCUGGAUUGUCGUACUUCUUUUCCAGCAAGAGUAAGUCCUCCAAGCGAGACUCGUCGUCCACCGACUUGGGCUCGUUCUACAACAAUGCAUAUCAGGAAGAGGCCAUCGCCAGCUCUCCGUCGUCGUUCUCGUCCACGGAUUCCGUCAACUCAGCGGCCCACUUCACCCCUCAAACUAGACACAACUCGAUGGCCAACUUGAAGCGCUUCUUCAAAAAGAGCAGCACGCCCCAGCCACUGGCUCCCUCAGUGUCCAACUUGUCUAGCUCGCUCAGGUCCUCGAAUGGGUCGUUCACCAACGGCUCUGGUCCACUCUCGUCAUCGGGCACCAAUGGAGUAAAUAUCCCCUCCAGCAGCGGCUCCAACACUCCGCUCAGCUUCCAGCAAAACGGGUCCUACGGCCCCACUCUUACGACCUCGUCGUCCAACGCGUCGAUCUCGCAAUCUCCAGGCUCCUCGUCCAUCAGCAGAUCGUCGUCCAUGCUCCAAAACAAGAUCAACUACCAGGAAAGACGGGGCUCGGUGACCCCUCUACUCAAUCAGCAGCAAUUGCCAUUCUCCAAGCGCUACGGGAAGUUUGGCGAAAGCUUGGGUGCUGGUGCUGGUGGUGCCGUCAAGCUCGUCUCCAGAAUCAGUGACAAGAAAGUCUUUGCAGUGAAGGAGUUUAGAACAAAGUACCAGAACGAGACCAAGAGAGACUACGCCAAAAAAAUCACGGGUGAAUACUGUAUUGGGUCGACGUUGAAGCAUCCAAACAUUAUUGAAACCGUGGAAAUCUGUUACGAGAACGAGCGCAUCUUACAGGUGAUGGAGUACUGUGACUUUGACUUGUUUGCCAUCGUCAUGUCCAACAAAAUGUCCAGGGAAGAAAUCAACUGUUGUUUUAAACAGAUUUUGUCGGGUAUUCAUUAUCUCCAUUCCAUGGGUUUGGCCCACAGAGACUUAAAAUUGGACAAUUGUGUCAUUGAUACCAGAGGUAUAGUAAAAAUUAUCGAUUUUGGCUCUGCAGUGGUCUUCUCUUAUCCAUUCACCAAAACCUUGAUCGAGUCCCAGGGCGUGGUGGGUUCUGACCCAUACUUGGCUCCUGAAGUUUGUGUCUUCAACAAGUAUGAUCCUCGUCCCGUCGAUGUCUGGUCUGCGGCUAUAAUCUACUGUUGUAUGAUGUUGAAGAAGUUCCCAUGGAAGGUUCCAAAGCUUUCAGAUCCAAGUUUCAAGUUGUUUGCAUCUAGAGGAGACUUUGUUCCUAUCAGUGAGACUUUGAAGAAAACACCCCAAGACAUGGUGAGCACCAACAACAGCAGAGGUUCCUCCGAAUUGGACGACAUCGACGAGGUGGAAACCGAAAAAAAGGAGCAACGUAAAGAUGCUCCUGCUGCUGACGGCAACCCUCAUACUAGCUCGGAAACCGGAGCUGGCAGGUUGUUGCUAGCAUUGCCAGAAGACUGCCGUACAUUAGUCGGCAGGAUGGUUGAAUUGGCACCAGCAUGCCGUAUCUCAAUCGAGGACUGUUUCAACGACGAAUGGUUAGCAUCUGUGAGCAUGUGUACUGUGGAAGAGCGCAUGAAGCUUGAUGGGCUGGCCGAAUACGCCGUCGUGAAAUGCUCUGACCACGAACAUACACAAGUGGACCAAUCCAAGGCCCAUAUUGCUGCAUUCGACAAGAACAAGAAGAAGUGA